AUGUUGAUUGUCCCAAGGAUAUAUUCCACUUCAUCAUUAUUAUUAUCUCCAACAUCAAUAAAUUUUCUUCGAUUUUCUAAAUCUAAAGAUUCAGAUAGUGAGGAGAAUGAAGACGAUGAAGACAUCAUUGAUCCAGAGAUUUAUGGUGACUACUCUGAUAUGGAUGAUGAAGAUGAAGCAAUUUUAAAGAGAAAGGUAUGA